CGCGCGCAGCUCCACGUGUUGCAGUUUUAUCAUUUAAAAACAACUCGGGCGGGAACUUCGCGUCUCACAGUUGGGUCACACAGCGGCCGUGCUUGAGUUUGUGUGCUCAGCAAAGCCGACACCUCUGAAGCUCGUACGUUUGGAGUUUCUUUCUCUUACUCUCUGAAGGUGAUGAUCAUGUCGUUUUAAACACUGAAGACUUAAUGUCGCCUUGUUGUCUUAUUUGUAGUUGUGACAUUAGCGUGCGACAUGGGGAACAGCGAAUCCAGCUUAUUGCAGACGGCGUCCUUCACCAUUUCUCCGUAUCUGAAAGCGGCCGUGGAGAGCUGCGCCAAUGAUGUCAGUCCACAGCGCCGCACGAUCCCGACCAGACAGUACUACACGCUGCCGGGCAACAGCACCGAGCGGAGAUCACUGGUACCCAGCGCCAACCUCAGUAACGAGCAGCCCCGCUUUCACCCGCAGGCGAAGGGCAAGAAUAUCCGCCUUGAUUCGCAACUAAGGAGGGCCGUCCGGAAAAACAGCUUCUGCAACGGAGUGACCUUCACCCAGCGGCCCAUACGGGUUUAUGAAAAAGUCCGUCUGCGUCUCUCGUCGGUACACACGGGAUGGAGUGGGGCUUUGAGGUUUGGAUUCACCAGCAUGGACCCCAGCAAGCUGAACCCUGCUGACAUCCCCAAAUACGCCUGUCCCGAUCUGGUGACCCGUCCCGGCUACUGGGCAAAGGCUCUGCCGGAGAGACUGGCUCUGAAGGACAAUGUAUUGGCCUUCUGGACGGACAGGCAUGGAAGAGUUUUCUACAGCGUCAACGACGGGGAUCCUGUUCUCUUUCACUGUGGGGUUAAUGUCGGGGGUCCCCUGUGGGCACUCAUUGACAUCUAUGGAAUCACGCAAGAGGUCACGCUGUUAGAAAGCACCUUUGCGGAGAGCAUGGGCUCAAGUCGUCUGAGUGCUGCCAGGCUAAGUGCCUACCUCCCUCAGAGCAAUCACGACUCUGCCAACUACAGCAAUAACCAGCUGGAGACGAGCCAAGCAGCACAAGCAAAGUUUGCCACCCUGCAACUCGGCAACUGCCACCCACUCAUCCCUUGCUGUACGGGUUCAUCGAGCAGAGGGCAGCGAGGCCUUCCUUCUCUUCUUGACACCGAUGUGCACUUCCACCUGAGGCACGGCUCGGAUGUCACUCUCUCUGCCGACCGGAUGACCGCUUGUAUCCACUGGUCGGACAGCAGCCGGACUUUAGUGUUCACCGACAGACCCGUGCGUGUCGGAGAGACGUUGUUUGUGGAAGUGGGCCAUCAAGGCCUUCCCUAUUUUGGGGCACUGCUGUUUGGCAUGACCUCCUGUGACCCCGGAACCCUGCGGACAAGUGAACUGCCAGCAGAUCCCGAGCUCCUACUGGACCGAAAGGAGUACUGGGUGGUAUACAGGGGCUUUCCUGUGCCAACCCCCGGGGAUGUACUCAGCUUGACUGUGCUACCCAGUGGAGAGGUGCACCACAGCGUGAAUGGGGUGGCCCGAGGAAGACUUCUGUGUGUGGACACCUCUCAGGUCCUGUGGGUCUUCUUCAGUCUUCACGGUGCCGUCAAUCGUCUCAGGAUUCUCGGAACGGCACCUUGCAGUCCGCCCAGUGGGUCCCCCACUGCCUCACCAGGAGGGCUUCUGGAUGACAGCGAUUCCGAUUUGGCGUUCAGCGUCAACCGCUCAUCGUCCGCCUCGGAGUCGUCUCUUGUGACGGCGCCGAGUUCGCCCCUCAGCCCUCCCCUCACCCCGGUGUUCUCCCCUCCAGAGGUGCCCCCUAGCAGCAAGAAUGGAGAAUGCACCAUCUGCUUCGACAAAGAGGUGGACACGGUCAUCUACACGUGCGGACACAUGUGCCUUUGCAAUGACUGCGGUCUGAAGCUGAAAAAGCAGAGCAACGCGUGCUGCCCAAUCUGUCGGAGAGCAAUGAAAGACGUUAUCAAAAUUUACAGACCCUGAUGGAUGACGACUCGUGAGACUGUCGUUGAGUCCGAAGUAACCGCCGUCCUUUCACAUUUCAUCUCUUUGAAUCUCUCGUCAUUGUUUGCUUGCUUUUUUUCUGUUUGCUGGUGACGCGGGUGAAGUCGCAGGACUGCCGUGAUCAAGUUGCAGUGCGGCCAUUGGACAGACGCGGUGCCACGCGUCCUUCGUUAGCCUCCCCUGCUGUCGGGUGAGGAUCCUAGUGCCUUCAAACAGCGCCCUACA